GGACAGAAUUGGGUGAUGUUAAGCGUUUGCUCAAGGGGAGCCGAUGAGCAAGUGUGAGCCCCACCCAGAAUUGCUCCAACACACUCCCCAUCCCCAAGAAAGGCACCGUGGAGACCAAAAUGGUGACAGCAAGCUCCCAGUCAGUGUCAGGCACCUACGACGCCACCAUCCUGGAUGCCAACCUUCCCUCCCACGUGUGGUCCUCCACCUUGCCAGCGGGGUCCUCCAUGGGUGCCUGUCACAACAACGUGACGACCCAGAGCUCGUCCCUCCUCAACACCAAUGCCUAUUCUGCAGGAUCAGGUAUGUGGCUUGGGGCACAUCCCCUCACACCCCUGAACCCUCCACACCUUUGCCUGGAGCAGAAUGACCCUUCUGGUGUUUCCCAUCUCCAAGGCUUCCUAGAGGGACUUUCUGUGUCCGAACAUCCCAAGACUUCUCACUGGAACUUCAGUUCAAUUCUCUAAGGUGUUUAUUUUAGUAGGUCCCCUACAGAAAGGACUAUCUAAUACAGUGUAUCAAAAAACAUGUAAUGGGAAAGAACACGAAAAUGGAUGCAAGGAACCUAGUUUGACUCCCUGUGAACAAACUGUGUGACCUUGAGCAAGUCAGUUAUCCUCCAGGCUUUAAGUGCCUUCUUUGUUAAAUGGUCUCCAGCAGGAGGGUCUUUGGCUAGACCCAGUGUCCACUCCGGGCCUGACCAACCUACGACCUAUGUCCUCCCCUUGGUCAUGACCCAAGGCACAGCACAGACUAAUAUUUGUUUCUCUGCCACUAGGCAAGAUCCUAAGAUUUUCCUAAAAACAGAAAUUUAACUAAAAAAAAAAAAAGCCACCUUGGCAUUUCUUCUGGGGCUUCUCUGGUGCCCCCUGUUCUGGGCUAGACGGGCGUCCCACAACCCUUCCUUCCCCUCUGCAAUCUUUGGGGUUCCAAAUGACAUGGUGUCCUGCUCCUCUACUCUGCAACCCGGACUCAGCACCAGCUCCUCAGGUCAGUGCUCACCAGCUUGAAUGACUUUUCCAGGCGGCUCGCUUACAAAUAUAGUGAUGCUCCCUUCUGGGGAGGAAAACAGAAUGGAUUCUACAGCAGAUGUCGUUUCUGCCCAAGAGCAUAAGGGCUUUCCUCCGUGCACAUGGUAACACAGAAGCCAAACUGACGUAAGGCACAGGGCCUGCCCUCAAUACAGACAGAGCUCAGCCCCGAGGGAAAGGUCUACGGGGGAGGCAGCCAGAGAUCUCACUUAUGCGUUUAUUCUGUUCUGGUCCAUUCAUUUUCUGUGCGAGGUGGAGAAAUGAAAGCAAAGGGCUCAGAACAUUUUCAGGUGAAAAGCGUCUUUAAAUUAGAAGGAUCCUAUUUCAGAUCUCAUUGUAAGCAGUGGCACUCACAUAAUGCUACUACUUAGCUUCCGAUGCAAACGUACGACCAUUUUAAAGAAACAUUUAGUCACUCAACUUCCACAUACAUCAAAUUAGCCUCUCUGUAAAUAAAUUACCAGCCCACACCUUCUUUUAAAGAAACAUGACUCGUCCCUGAUAGUGUGACUAAUAAACAUAAGGAUAUGGGCCAUCUUCAUGUACUUUGCUGGCCUGCAAAUGCAAAUGAGCACCCUAAUUUUUCACACCUGCAGUUGACUACAGUCCCACCAAACCCCGAAGACACUCGGUUUAUGCUUCGCUUCUUCUGCCUUUGCUACUUGCUGUUCUCUGCAAAUUCCUGAAUGAGGAACAUGGGCUGAUAUUGGAUCCAUGAUCUUGAAGGGAUGGAAUAAGAGGAGCUGGUAACUAGACAAGACUUGACAUUGUACAAAACAAACCAAUAACCAGCCUUUGAAAUAAUAAUGGUGGUGAGGGGAGUUUUAUGUGUUUGAGUCAAAAGAAGGAAGAAUUCAAGAGAAAACUAACAAUUCUGUGCCUCUCAUCCCUGUUGUGUCUGUAUCCUAUGCCUACAGUUCCCACAUUGUGAACCAAGGCACCGCAGGGGGCCUCAGGGAACCCCUGGCAUAUUUUUCAAUUUCAAGGGAUACAGAGACAUCUGUAAUCCACAUGUGUAAACUACUGCUAUUAAAGUUGUGUAGACCUAAUUAUACACUCAAUAAAUGGAACUCUUAGUAACUUUUAGCUUGGGGAGGGUAGGUGGGGUAUAAAAA